AUGUCUUUAAUUGCUAUUUGUGAUAUUGAUAGAUUUGGGUCUACAUAUCCACUAGCUUUUGUACUUAUUUAUUUAGAAACACAAGAUUUUUACACUUGGGUUUUACAACAAUUGAAUAAGGUUUUAAUUGUAUUUACUGGUAAUGUAGAAGUUGCAACAAUUAUAACUGACUAUAAAUUAGCUCUCAUGAAAGCAAUUUCUAAU